AUGAUUGUACUGAUGGUGGAGUUGGCUCAAGAGGCCAACUGGUCUAUUUCUACACAUCGUUCUUAUAUUCUUGUUCGGCGUCAGUCUCUUCUUGAUCAUUGGCAACUGCAACCAGAGGUAGAGUUCAAAUGCAGAGACCUUGAUGUCAGCACAAUUACUAUUUCUUCACACUUAUUAAAUACUACACGUGGCAAAAAUAAGGAAACAAAAACCUGUAUGUAUGAAGAUCAUUUCGACUACCUAAAAGGUAAAUGUUCUUCGCAAGAUAUCGUAGCCAAGGAUCUGAAUAAAUGUGCUCAGGAUUCUGUGAGUACUACUGAAUCAACAUCUGGAAAGUACCGCCUUGCACCACUAGUGACCAAACAUGCAACUGGACUGCACAACAGUAAUAUUGAAACAGCAAUCGCUUCCAACAUUCAAUGUGGAAACCAUGUCUUGUCCAUGACAAGCCGUCAACUAGCGGACAAUCAAUUGAAUGAUCCAACGCACGAAACAGAGUCGAAUUCAGUAAUGUCUGAGUGCCGUGAUCCAUGUUCUCGACAACCUUUAAAAGCUUGUGAAACUUCAACAAUAAAGCAACCGUCCGCGUUUAACUUGGAAGGAAAACUACCCACCUGUUCAAAGAAUGGAAGCAACUGCUUGGAAACUCUCAGGGAAGAGGAGAUUAAUUGGAAGGAAAACAUAUUUCAAGUUGAAGGAACGGUACGCAAAAGAGGUCUUGAUUCAAGAAUAUUAACAGUGCAAGAGUCCACAGAAUGUAGUACAAGAAGUCAGACCAAUGAAGAUGGUCAACAUAUAGCAAGGCCUUUGGACAGUCAAGUCAACAGCAAAAGUGUUCAGGAGCUAGCUAACUUUGCAGGCUUAUCAGCAAGAUAUUUUGCAAUGUGUCCUGUGCAGGACCCACUUGAUGUUGUGAGCAAAGGAGUAAAUAUAUAUCCUGGCAAUAGCAAAAAUAAUUUCACUAAUGACAUUCUUCAAAGUUUAUCCAAAGCCAGGAUGCAAGGGAGACGUCAGAGUUAUCAACUGGCAAGAAUCAGCCUGUUGGAAGACAAAAGUACAUCUUUGGAAACACAGGAAUGUAUUUCACUGAUGGAUCAACAGAGAUUUGGACACACAAAUUCUGUGGCUGCAGCAAUGCUUCUUCCAGCGUUCCGCCCUUAUCCUUCCAAACAAACGCUCCAUCGAAAUAAGGGGACAACAAAGUUACAAAAUCAAGCAAAAUGCUUGCAAUACCGUUUGUGA